CUCGCACCAAACUAAGCCCAAAGGGCCUAAUCGCGCAGCUCACACGAAGCAGGUACCUCCCUUCCUCUCCUCCCGACUCCCGUUGACCAGCAACUCCAGCCAGCGAGGCAGCCGCAAGCUCUCCCCGGCAGUCCUCCUCCUGCCCGCCAUGUCCGGCAGCCGCGGCAACUCCCGCGAGAAGACGUGCUGCUGCGGCAGCUGCUGCACCCUGCUCAUCUCCCUGGGCCUCGCCGUGCUCAUCUACUGGGCCAUCUUCCAGCCGCACCAGAUACGCGCCACCGUCGAGUACGCCGAGCUCUCCAACCUCGCCGUCUCCAACGCCUCCUCCCCGGUCGCCGUCACCUACCACGUCGCCGUCAACCUGAGCCUCUACAACCCCAGCAAGCGCGUCAACAUCUACUACGAUGCCAUCGACGCCGAGCUCCUCUUCCGCGGCGCCGUCCUCAGCGCGGCCGCCGCCGCCGCCGCGUCCCCCGCCGAGUUCUACCAGCGCAGGAAGACCGCCGAGACGGUCCGCCUGGAGUUCGACGGCAAGGGCGUCGCCGUCCCCGAGGGCGUCUCGGCGGAGCUGGAGAGCGAGGUGAAGGCCGCGGCGUCGCUGGGCCUGGAGCUGAGCGUCAGGGUGCGGGUGAGAUACGUGUUCGCGAGCAUCAAGAUACGGCAGAAGCCCAAGGUGUGGUGCGCGGUGAGCAUCCCGGUCCCGCGGGCGCCGGGCGGCCUCGGCGUUCUUGGCUCCGGCGACCGGUGCUGGGUCAAGUACUGAUGAUUGGAGUGGAGGAGUUUCCUUCUCUUGGUGGCUUCUUGGACGGAGAUUGAUGGCCGGUUUUGGUUUGGUUCGCGGAGAGAUUGCUAUUGUUUGGCUUAAUUGUUUCUGCUUUUGUAUCAAUGUUAGAAAUUUACAUACUGCGCUAUUGGAUUAUUUGUUUGCCAGGUGAGUGGUUAGAAUUCACAAUAACACAUGUGUGAUUAUAGCUUUUCAUGAUGAGCAUGUUUUGGCAUGCUGUCUUUCUUUUGAUUAGAGGCUUGGUUUGAGGAGCAACCAUCUGAUCAGCAUUUCAUCGA